CUGCCUCGGCCGGGAUGGGCAGAAGAAGCACCUUGCAGCCUGCAGGGAUGAAGCAGUUCAUGGCCUUGCUUCAGGAGAGUGACCUCCAGGAUGUUCCCCCACCUGAGCUGUGGGAUGAGGCAGGAAGUCUUUGCCAGCAUCUUCAGCACUCCCCCACUGGACUGGAGAAACUGGUGAAGGCCGUGGUACACGGCAGGCACUGGCCACACCUCUGUACCAGCCUCCAGGUUGUCCAGGCAUGCGUCUUGGUUCAUCUCCGAAAGAAUCAGCAUGACAUGGCCUGCAAACUUCUGGAGGGUUGCACGGCGAUAGAGAGGGAGCAGCUGGUGAAGCUUUGGCAUGAGAUUCACUACCAUAAGACCAUGGAGAAGCGGCAGGUGACCUCCUUGACCCCUGUCCAGAAAUACAGGUGCCGUAAAAGGAACCCCCCUCCAGCGUCCCUGUGUCCCGAUGGAGUAAAGAGCAGGAACUAUCCACUGCACGUGAGAGAGAGGCUGCGGAGGUUUGCUGUGGAGGUGACAGCCACCCCAAGCCGGAAGCAGAGGGAGGCGUUGGCUUGUGACACCAACCUGCAGCCCCGACUCAUCUAUACCUGGUUUGCCAAUUUCCGCCGCCGCCAGAGGCCUCUCCUGAGCCAGACUGUGCCACCCAUGGAUGCCAUGGAGCUCAAGAGGCGGCAGAGGGAGGGGAGAGCGGCGGGUGCCCCAGCUGCCGGUGGCCUUUGCGGAGAUGCUGGGGCAGAGGAGAGGAAGCAGCCCUGCCUUGCGUUGCCCUCGGCAGCCCAGGGUGGGGUCAAGCAGCCUGGCUCGGGCACAGGGGCCUCCUGCUCAGGGAACAGGUGA